AUGCCAACUAUGGAGGGACUUGGUGGGACAGGACCGGACAUUCGUAGUGGUCUGCUGGCUGCAGACUUUGGCGAUGGCACCGGACCUGUUGGCCUCUUGAUGGAGUGCGCGAAGGCUACUGAGAGGCAAGCAAAUCUCAUCAUUUUGCAAAAGUCUGCAUUCGAUUCCAUCGCACAUUUGAGGAGUCAACGUGAACAUCAGUGA